AUGGCCUGUGAGGAAAUGGCCUGUGAUAUCCAAGAGGUCUACAAUGUUCCAGCCCCAGUCCCACCUGACCAGGAUAACUGUAAUGCUGAAAGAUUUUGUCAUUUAGAAAAUGGUGGACAUACAGCAUACCGUAUUUUGCUGAAAGGGACUGAGUUACAGGUCCAGGGACUUUCAUCUCAUGUCAAGUGCACACACUGGCAGCUUAUCCAUGUGUUGAGGGAAGAAGUUCCUGAACGUCUUCUGAUGAUUUCCUUAGGUUCCAGAAAGCUCUUGCCCAGAUAUGUCUGUGGUUCAUACUUAGGGCCUGAAGACAUGGUGCAGCAGGGGUCUGUGGUGUCAAAACCAAAUAGAACUAGCCGGGCAGUCCUAGAGGUGUCCGGGGAUGCAGCUGGCAAAUAUCAGGAGAGCCCAGGGGGCUGGGAGAGAAACUGUGUCAGGGAAAAGAGAGCGCUAAGGGCCAACAGCAGAACUAUGACGAAUUUCACCAGGAGUGGGUUUCUCCUCAUGGGGUUUUCUACCAAGCCUGAGCUAGAAAUCGUCUAUGCUUGUCUGUUCCUCGUUCUCUACUUGUUGGCUUUAACUGGCAACAUGCUCAUCAUCACCACCACGGCCCUGGGUGACAGUCUCCAGUCCCCCAUGUAUUUCUUCCUGAAGCAUCUCUCCUUUCUGGAUCUCUGCUAUAUUUCCGUGACUGUGCCGAGAUUCAUUUACAACUCUUUCAUGCACAGUGGAAAUAUUUCCCUCUGGGAAUGCAUCGUGCAGUGCUUUGUUAUCGCCCUCUGUGCAAUUGCCGAGAUGGCCAUGCUCACAUUGAUGUCCUAUGACCGCUACGUGGCCAUCUGCUUGCCCCUGCACUAUGAAAUCGUCAUGGAUGUCAGAACCUGUGUCCAUGGGGUUGCCGGCGUGUGGGUCAGUGGGACCAUCUCUGGAGUCAUGCAUGUGGCAGCUACUUUCUCCAUCCACUUCUGUGGUCCCCGCAUCAUUCACCAGUUCUUCUGUGACAUCCCCCAGAUCCUCAGACUCUCCUGCUCCAAUGAGUAUCUGGGUGAUUUGGGGGUCACUGCAAUUGUGGGUUUGCUAUCAUUUCUUUGUUUCCUAUUUAUUGGGUUCUCCUACGUGCACAUAUUCUCUUCAGUGCUGAGGAUGCCAUCUGCGGAGGGCAGAGCCAAGGCCUUUUCCACUUGCCUCCCUCACCUUGUUGUUGUCAUGUUGUUUCUUUCCACAGGUGCCUUCGAGUUUCUCAAGCCUCAUUCUGAAUUUCCAACUGCUUUGGACCUGUUCCUCACUAUUAUGUAUACAGUAGUUCCCCCAACAUUCAAUCCAAUCAUCUACAGUCUGAGAAACAAAGCCAUAAAGUUAGCUCUGAGAAAGGUGUUUCAAAGAAAAGACGCACUUACUUCCAUUCGUUCAUUAUUGGGAGACAAGUUCAAUAUAUAA